AUGUCGUCCUCAUUCAAUAUAAUCGAGCACCACACACCGUGUCAAACCAUCAGGGAAUACCCUCAAGCUACAUCGACGUACCAAGAAGAAAAACUAUAUCUCAGCGCAAAACAAUACAUCCCUCUCAACCGCACACCCCAGAAAGGCGAUGUGACCAUUCUUGCAGCCCAUGCAUCGGCAUUCCCAAAAGAGCUAUAUGAACCACUUUGGGAGGAUCUACUCAAACAAAGCGAAAAAGCCGGUUAUGGUAUUCGCAGUAUAUGGAUGGCAGAUGUAGCAAACCAGGGAGCUUCAUACGUGCUCAACGAAAACAAGAUAGGGAACGAUCCAAACUACGCCGACCACGCUCGCGACCUUCUUUCUUUGAUCAACACACACCGCGAAGACUUUACUCGACCGAUCAUUGGUAUAGGUCAUAGUAUGGGCACAAUAUGUCUGGCACUGCUAGCCCAGAUGCACCCACGCCUCUUGACCUCCAUCGUCAUGCUCGACGCCAUCAUAAUCCACAAACAGAUGCCUGCAUGGAUCCCAAUGACACGCCUACCUUCUUUCCGUAAAGACCUUUGGCCCUCUAGACAAGCAGCAGAAGCCGCAUUCCGCAAAAACGCCCUCUUGAAACCCUUUGACGAGCGAGUGGUGCAGAAGAUCCUAGAGUACAGUAUCAGAGCCACACCAACUCUACUCUAUCCUCAAAGCUCUGCAGAACAACGCUUUACCCUCACAACGCCAAAACACCAAGAAGCUCUUUCUGUUGCACGGCCAAAUUUUGAAGAUAGAAAUUGGGAGGCAACGCCUGAUCUGGUAGCGCGGUCUACUGUUCCAGAUCUUUGGCCUUGUGCUCCUUACGUCUCACCCUUUUACAAGUCAGAGGGAAGGACUUGUUGGAUGUUCUUGCCGCAUCUACGACCUUCUGUUCUUUGGCUCUAUGGUAACAAAUCAUACACUAUGGACCCAGACGAAAGACGUGAGAAGAUGAAGAGAACAGGCACUGGUUGGAAUGGUUCGGGUGGUGCAGCGAUGGGAAGAGUAAAAGAAGAAUUUAUAGAGAAUACUGGCCAUUUCUUAUGUUUUGAGAAGGUUGCAGAAACGGCUGAGAAAGUGUCUGAAUGGUUGGAUGCAGAGGUCAGGAUAUGGAAGGAUCUAGAAAAGGUCACAUUUGACGAACAAUGGUUGAAGCAAGAUGCUAUAGGUAGGCAAAAGAUGGAUGGAAGAUGGUUGGAAGGUGUCAAGAAAUGGAAGGGGCAGCAGAAGGCUGUUCCUCUGAGCAAGCUUUAG